ACACACUCCACCUUGGCAACGCGUCCUCCCCUAUCGUUCUAGGCAUGCUCAGCAGAAGGGCUGUGCUGUGCUCUCAGCGACUGAAGCUGGGCGCAGGGGAACUGCAACCGCCGCGCCGAACAUCUUCCAGGGAUGGCCUCUGCUGAGCCGUUGUGCUCCAGUUUCUACCACCAGCACUGCGCUUAAGGAACAAAAUAAACGCCUUCGCCCUCCUGCUGCCAAGACAGAUACACACCACCAUGUACAGCGUGGAGGACCUCCUCAUUUCUCACGGAUACAAACUGCCCAAGAAAAGCAUCCCCUGCCCCACUGCAACUUCAUCCGCCACCGCGCCUUACGAGAAGCAGCGCCACGCCGCCGCCGAUUGCCACCGUGAAAUCCCAGCAGCAGAGAACCAGAGAUCUGGUCGUGGUGGACCACUGAACGGGAAUGAACAGGCGGGAGACAGAGGGGCCUGCGUCUUCAGCAGCAGCAGGCAGGCACUACUGGCGAAGGGCUACCCCGGCAGCUGCGACAAUGAGAGCGGCGGGGAAAGGAACCAAUGGAGAAAAGAAGUUGUCAGCGGUAACCUAGGUGACAGCCUCACACAGCCCCUGGGCGAUUCUCUCGCCACGGAUAGCGGGUUCUAUGACGCGCCCAGCUUAACCUAUUCUGAGCAGGUCGAGAAAAGAGAGCAGUUGGAUGAGAGGGAUGUCUUCUACUGGAGGAGGAGAGGCCAGGACUUCAGUGUCCUCCUGGAUUACGCCGACGGCCGGGAGCUGAGAGCAUCCGCCAGCUUUCUGAAGGCCUCUGAGGCGGCAUGGCGACCACAGGCCCUAAUCGCAGAGGACCAUAGGGGAGAGAGGGAGAAGCUGCAGCAGCAGAAGCAGCUAUGGGAAGACACCUCCAUCUCCUGGCUGAGAGAGGCCGAUGCGGCUCCUAGACAGUUAAGGGUAGUGACUGGGGUGACUGGGGAGCGGAAGUGCCAGAGCCUGGGCACAGAGGAGUGGAAGCCUGCAGUGGGGCUGGGGAGGCAGCUGUCGGAUGGGGAGGGCGAGAGGUGGGCUCAGGAGCAGCAGCACCGCCUGAGGACUCAAGAGAGCACUGCUUCUAUCCUCCCCAGAACCAGAAGGAUGUCCCAGUCCCUCCCCAGAGUGUUGUCACCUGCUGGAGCUACUGAACACGCAAACACACUGUCCAGUUUGGUCAGUUUCCAGCUUCGACCAGGCCAGGUUGAUAGACAGAGAGUGAACAGCACCGUAUUUUCCGGGCCUUAUAGUCGGUAUUACCACAGUGACGCAGUCAGCAGGGACCGGUGGGCCAGGAACAGUUGGCAAAGUGUUGGACAUGUUGCACUUUUACCAAAGCCCAGGUUCAGCAGGCCUGUCAAGCCUCCAUCAUACGAAAUACACCAGCAGACUAGGGGUAGCCAGGAGAUGCUCGCUGUAGCUGUAAUAGAUCAGCAGGGCGGGUCCAAACAACCGAAAGACAACAGGCCUGUCUAUUACCCACGGGGUGGAGAAUUGCAAAGACAAGACUAUUUUGCACAACACUCUGCUAUCUUUGGCAUGGAGCCCCCCGGUUAUAUCCCGCCCCCGUCUUAUAAGAGAGCCCUGCCCCCAAUCAGGGGAGGACCAAUCAACCGCAACGAAGUGGCAAACUAUAAGUGGAGGGGGGAGAUGAAGAUACAGAUGCACAUGCCUAUGAGCUCAGAGGCGGGAAAGUGGUUCUCCGGACAGACAGGAGGGUCGUGGCUGGAACACUACGGGGAUCGGGGUAUACCCUACAGGAAACAGGUUAACGCUAACCCAAACCUUAACCCUGGAUACACCGAGGAGCAUCUGGGUCAUGUUCACUAUUUACCCUUUGAUAAUCCGCAAGUGAGACAUAUCUCAGGAGGGCCUGGCGGAAAUUCUCUUACUGACACUGGCAAGUUUAUCCGAAACAUGAAGAAAGAGACUCCCUGCGCUAAGGUUUUAGGACAAUCUACACACGAUAGUGCCUUUCCCCCCCCACAGGGGCUCUCUCUCGAUAACGACUGCCGCAAGACAUCUCUCAAUGACAACGGCGGUGGUAGUAGUACUAGAUGGUGCAACAGGGGUUUAAUAAACAAAGGAAGUGUCGACAGUGCAGCUCCUGAUCAGAGCUGUGGUAUCUAUCCAACAGCUUUUCACAUUAGACCUGCUCAGCAACUGAUCAGGCAUGUGGACCAAGGUCAAGGUGUGUCAGAAACUGGAACUCAAGUGAAAACGUCAGUCAAUGAGCCUGACUCCACAGAGAAAGAGAAACCAAGACAAACGGACUCAGAGAAAACAGAAAAAAAUGAGAAAAAGAGUGUAAAACAAAAACUUAGUGAGACAAUAUUCUGUUUGGUGUCUGUUCCCGUCCCUCUAACGUCGGGUGGUACGUCCCGUGAUCAAAACAACAACGACGACGACGAGAAGCCACCAAGCCCAGUCCGGCCACCAAGCCCAGUGGACAGUCCGAGUGAGAACAAAACGGGCCACUUAACAAACCAAAGUUUCCAAAGCACAUCUUCAGCAGAGGCUGAGCUGCAAGCACUAACCGGUAGCAUAGCGAGCAGCAGAUCAAGCAGCAAAAUAGUGAGAAAACUCCCUAUUAAACCCCCCAAAAUAAACCAUCACAAGGAGCUGAAACUCUCAGGUGCCUGGCCUGGGAACCAAUACCGGGACCAGGAGACCCAAACUAGCCCAGAAGCCCGAAAGCCUCAGCAUCCCCCUCCUCCAGGCACUGAAAACAAGGAAGCACAAGACCCUCACGUCCCUGCCCCAGGCUCCUCUGACGUCAUCACCCAAGAUCCCAGCGGUGUGGGCAAUACUGCAUUCAGCUGUCCUAUAAAAGGGGUGAAGAGCCUGAAACCAUCCAGCAACAGCGCCUUUUCCAGGACGGCCACUUUCUCCAUUUCCAGCCAGCUGAUCAAGAGCACAGCUCAGCCACCAGCAGAGCCACCACCACCACCACCCUCAGGAAACACGAUGGAGGCCAAACCAGCAGCGACCUGCAGUGGGCAGGAAGCCUUCGGUCAGUUCCUGCUGAAGCCCAUCAGCAGGCGGCCAUGGGACGCCAUCGAGGAGCUGGAGACUAUCAACAAAGAGUUCCAGGAUCAGCAGCAGAAGCAGCAGCAGAGCAGCAAGAGACCCAGUGUUGACCAGUGCAUUGAGGACCUCAACGAGGCCUACAAAGACAUCCUAGAGCUAGGCACUGCCAGCAAUAACAUUUCCAACAAUAGUGGUGCUGUGCAGAUCCCUGAGCGGAUCAAGAUAAGGCUGGCGGGGGAGGCGGGGCUCAGCAAACCCAGCAGCCUUAGGCGCAGUAUCGAGAGCUGGUCUGUGUCCGUCAACCCGGAGUACGGGGAGGUUAAGAGUGCUUUCUCCAGACCUGCUGAAAGAAAAUCUGUGACUUUCAGCAAGCAGCUAAGAGAGGAGCUCCCUGUCCCACCACGCAAGCCUACAGGAUUCAGAGAAUACAGGGUUGUUUCGAACUUGUCGCAGAGGAGAAGUAGCUGCAGUGGCAGGACAGUGAAGCUAGACCUCCCUUCGCCUUCGGAGACACCACCGCCUUGUCACUUCACCGGCCCUAGUGACUUUACUGACUCUCUUAGUGAUCCCAGCAAGACCAGAGACUUCAGUCCAAUGACUCCAACAAUGCACACUGCAGCCGAAGUCCCCUGGGCAGAUAGGCAGCCGAUGCAGGACGCCUCCACACUUACGAGUCCCCCUGACUAUGAGGACAUAUGUCAGUCUUUACAAAAGACCCGAGACUCAGAGGUUAACAAAACGUUCACCGCCAUAUCUAAACCUGGUGGUGGUAGCUGCGAUACAGAGCCUCUAGGGGGAGCCUGUUUAGACUCUACAGAGGAAUGCCCCAUUUGUAAAAGAGAGAGCGAGAGCCAGAUGUCCAGACCAAGUCCAAUGUCUCCGCUCCAUGAGGAGUCAAGCCCAGACUUAUCCAAUCAAAGUAGCGCGACAAUUGUUGGUGACCGUGACAGUCCACAAGGAGCUGAAACGUCUGAAGAACCAGCUGAAGGCGAAGGAGACACAAAGGUAUCCUCUGACUCUGGCUCAAAUCAUUCAGAGGCUCAGACUAUAUGUUGCGAUUGGAGGAAGCAGCUGUCACUCAUAGAUAAGAAGGUGGAGGGGAGUGUCACUGCUGAGAAGACCAAACAAAACCAAGCUCUGGCAGUGGCAGAGGACAUUGACAAUCUAUACAAACGUAAAUGUGCUGAGGGCAUUCCAGAGAAUGAAUCCAUAGAGGAGAGGGCAGCCAGGAUAUUAGGGAUUGAUGUACCUGCAGAGUCUUUCGUCACAGGGGAGCAGCGGGUUAGCGAGACGGCAACAGAGAGUAAACCCGCUGCUAGUGAAGAUACAGAAAGCAGCAGGGCAAACGAACAGACAGUACAAACACAUGUGAGAGAUCCAGAUUCUGAGGAACUGGACUCUGGAACGGUAUCUAGAGUGCCUCCUGACAGGCAGGAGGCAAAAGAACAGGAGACACCACAGGAUAACCCAGAGUACAUCAGGAGUGCCAAAUGGACCCAUCUGGGUCGAGAAACUCCAGGUAUGCAGGAGUUUCCGCCAGACAGACUACCGCUUUCGGUCCCCAUUAACCCUGACCUUAAGCUGUCCCACAGCCUGGAGGGAGAGAUGAGGGGCAGAGGACCCUUGCAGCGCGUAGACGCCCUGCAGGAUAAGCUGGCUGCAUCGCCCAGCCACCGGGUGGUGGUAGAGCGCCGGGCACGGAUGAAGGAAGUGGACCCAGUGUCACGCAUGAGACGCCUCAGCAUCAGGAGCACAGACUCUGGGGAGGAGGGGGCAGAGACGGAGGGGGAGACCAAGCGUGGCGGUGGGCAAGUGGAAGUGCUCUCCUUACCUGCUUCCUCCCAGAGUGAUACUGUAGACGAUAGAGAGGCCUCUGAAGACACAGUGUUGCAAGAUGAGGUGUCAUCCCUCUCAGGCUUUGGAACCGAGGCUCCAGUCAAACUCCGCACUUCAACCCCAUUGCCAACAGAAACUCUAAGCUUUCAGAACGACUUUUCCUUCGGGGACAAGACCGAGCUGGUCAAGAGUGCCACUGAUAUCGAUGCCAAUCUUCUGUCAGUCCUACCCAAGGUUUCAGAAUUAAAGAAACAUUUUGAAAGCGUUGUCUCGAGUGAUUUAGAAAUGAACAGCAGGAAGGAAAGGAUAGCCAGGCGCCUGGAGGGUAUCGAGAGUGAGGCUCCUCUUGCCCUGAUACCUAGCUGUGCCGGCCUGGUGGCCAACCACAUGCUGGAGGAGGACCCGCCACGAUACACCCGGGCCUCAGACCCCUGUGAGCCAAUCACGGUGAGACGUUACAGCAGAGAGCAGGUGGAGGCCCCACAGAUGCCGGUGUCCUCCCCAGGCAGACAGUCUAGGACCCGGGGCAGACCGGGGGACCAUCCUGGACCGGCCGCCCACCCCCAUGCAGAGCCUGUCCUAUCCCCUUCCGGUGGCCCAGUGGACCCAGCCAGCCUCAGUUCCAAGGCCGAGCGGAUCGCCCGCUACAAAGCAGAGCGCCGGCGCCAGCUCUCUGAGCGUUAUGGCAUCCUCUUGGAUCAGGAGAUAGACAUGGACUACAGUCCUCGCUACUCGUGCUCACGUAGAGAGUCUGAUGCCUUGGAUAGAGUGGCCCCAGCAGUCACAGAGCGUAGGAGAGACAGAGAUAGAGAAAGACAGGAGGUGGAGGAAGGAGGAGGAGGAGGGCGGGAGAGUUCCCGCAGAACUCCCUACAGCUCUGGAGUGGGCAGGAUCUACAUGCAGGCUCACCCUGCUGAGCCUUCUCCUGGCCACGCUCCUGCCCCAGGUCACAGUCCAGCCCAUGCAGGCCCUACCCAUACUCAAGCCCCUCUGCCAGCCCGGGAGAGGGCCGGCACCUUCUCAGAGCGGGAGAGGAUGAUGAACCUGGAGAACUACCGGCGGGCCCAGGAGAGGACAAUGCCAGGGGGCCACAGAGUAGCCAGUAACAGGCCCCAUGAUCAUGACCAGGCCCCCUCCAUCCAGCAGCUCAGCCCUCCUCUAGCCAGGGCCUCCUCCAGAGAAUCCUGCAGUGUGGCGGCCAUCCCCAGCUCCCCUCGUACGGCCCGCCGGGCCUCCCUGCCCUCCACACGCUACGGCAUCUCCCCCGGGGACCUGUUCAUCGAGCAGCAAGCUCAGGCCAUCCUCAGCAGACAGGGCCUGGCAGUGUUGUCUCAGAGCGACUGGUCUCUCCAGACAGACUCAGAAGAUGAUGCUGCUGGCACUCAGUCUGUCAUCAGUUGGCCUUCCAGAAUCAGAGUAAGAGAGAGAGUAUCGAAAGACGAGAGCGGCGUCCAAAGGGCCCCUGCAGAGCGGGGUCCAGCUCCAGAGCCCCCAGUGAAGAGACACCGAGAUCGUGCUCACACCACCACAGCUCACUACAUGCCCCAACGUGGCCACAGCUCUGACCCUGCCACCUACAAAAGGACUGGCCCCUCGUCUCAGCCCUCCCAACCUGCCUUCGCCCAUGUCCCAUACCCCCACGCCUCAGCACCACGAACACACACAUCAGGCCCCACCAUGGGCCACCAGGGUACCCAUCAGGGGAGUCACCAGGGGACCCACAUGGACCCUCAGCCUUACCUAGCCAUGCCGGCCCCUGUGGCCACCAAGCUCCCUGGAGCCCCUGUGGUGGAGGUGGAUACUCCAAGGAGGAGGGUGAGCACUGACCACAUCUACACGACCCAGAGGGAGACCCACAGGGAGGGCAGGCAGGCGCUGAGAGAGGAGGUUCACACCGAGGGGCUGCUGAAGAGCCGGAAGGCCGUGCUGCCCUCAGAGAUCCGCCGCAGGGAGAAGAGUGUGGACGACCCCCAGAGAGGGGAGCCCCACCUGGGGCCAGUCAGCCGCCAGGACGACUCCACCACCUCAACCGCCAUGGAGUAUGAGAGCUAUAGGUCUGGGGGGAGGAGAACGAGUCGGGCGGACUCGGAGGAGUGGGAAACUAGGCCCAGGGAGCAGCAGCAGCACUGGUCCAGCCACAGCCAGGACACAAAGGAGACAGAUCCAGUCAGUCGCAUGGAGACCUCCCACUCCCAGCCCAGCCAGCAGCAACAGGCUCCUGAGCCUCUCCAGCAGCAUCCGCACCCCCAGAGUCAGCAGGACCUCCAGGGUCAACACGGCCUGCAGGACCAGCAGCAGGGUGACUCGGCCGUCUACCUCCAGAGGGGUGCCUACCUCCCUCAGGCCAGACACAGGAGCAUGGAGUCAGCCGGGCAGGCUGGGCCCCCCAAGCUCAAGGUCCGCACGCGCUCCAUGUCCGACAUCGGCGUAAGUCAGCGCUCGGCUGCCUAUAGGAGCAUGGAGAGGGCAGCCGCCAGCAGAGAGGCUACCAUGGCAGCCCACCUGACCAGGGAGGGAGGGGUGGCAGUGGGGGUACUGCCCAAUGGGGAGGUGGGGACCUUGGAUACCAGGGUCUCCGUGGCCCAGCUCCGACACUCAUAUCUGGAGAACGCCAACAGGAAGCCGGAGCUGGAGCCAACUAAAGUAGAGCUUACUGCCAUGGAAGUAGAUCCGGCUGCUGGGAGCGCUGAUCGGGAGCGUGGCACAGCGCGGAGGCCGCGGCGCUACAUCACCCCUGGAGACAUCCGCAAGUCCUCUGAGAGAUUUAGGACGCAGCCCAUAACCACUGCCGAGCGGCUGGAGUCUGAUAGGUCUCGUCUGAGUCCAACCGAGCUACAGAACCCAGAAGCUGACGAAGAGAAGCUUGAUGAGAGAGCUAAGAUGAGUGUGGCUGCUAAGAGGUCACUAUUUAGGGAGCUGGAGAAGACCACAGAUAGCGUCCCCAAACCGCGGUCCCGUAACCCUGCCGUGGAGAGGCGCCUGAGACGAGUCCAGGACCGUGCGCGCACACAGCCUAUCACCAAUGAGGAAGUGGACAUCGCUCACACUGCCUCUGCUCUGUCCUCACAAUCGGUGACGGUCCGCACCACAGUAGCACGUAUCCCCAGCCCCACUGUAGUCAGCACCACCAUGACCAGUUACAGCCUGCAGGAGGCAUCGCAGCACGGCUCUAUGGUGCGGAGCAUUGGAGAGCAGGACGGGGAGAAAGAAAGGGAGAGGGAGGCCCAGCCCAAAGGAGAUGGAGCAGGGCCUGGGCCUGACGAGAUAAUGGAGGACCUGGGUCCAGAUGAGCCCGACCUUUCAACUCUCAGCCUUGCAGAGAAGAUGGCCCUGUUCAACCAGCUGUCCAAGCAGCCCUCAAAGCCUGCUGCAGAGGGGGCCGGGGCCUCCAGGGGCGACACCCGUCAGCGCAGAGCCAACAGCCGCUUCCAGACCCAGCCUAUUACCCAGGGAGAGGUGGAUCAGGAGAUAGAUCCUAUGGUUACCUCUCUUCCUCCUCCUCCACCUCCUCCUCCGUUGACUAAGAGAGAACAACUGCAGAACGGAGGAGGAGGGGUCAAGCUGGAGCCACUGUCUGCCUCUUUGGUCCGCUCCGUGGCAGCCGUCACCUCCCAGGUCUCGGUUGCCACGGUAACCACGGCGACUUCCAGCAGCAGCAACGUCCACCUUGGAAAAUCUACGGCUGUUCCCUACAACCCCCCCACCACUGCCACCACCGCCCAGGAAAGGGGAGGGGUGAGGUACUUCAGCCUGACCAAGGGCGGUGACUCCUCCGGUUUCCCUGAACCAGAUCUGUUCUCCCCUGGCCCUCCCCUUUCAGAGCAGCAACCGCAGCAGCAGGCUCACAGUAGAGGAGCUGGAGAGAGAGGAGGAGACAGUGGCGGAGCUCCUGGAGCCAGUCGCUCCUCCACUGGCCACAGAGAGAGAGAGGAGGAGGAGGAUGUGUGGGAAGGAGGGGCCAGCAGAGAGGAGAGGGAGAGCUGUGCUAGUAGUGGUGCUGGAGGCAGCAGCAGUAAGGGAAGGCUCCACUCCCCCGACAGGGACAGCAGACAGCAGCACUAUCAGCCCCCAGCCCCAGAGCCCCAGCCGCGGCACACCAACAGUAGCCAGCGGGAGUCCAUCGAGCUUCCCUCUCUGAGGCACGGGAGGGGUGAGUUGCUGGUGGAGCCCAGGCAGCACAGAGACAGAGAUAAAUACGGCAGUAGCAGCAGCAUCACCCUGGAGAGGGAAGAGCACGGGAGCUACCUGGGAGAGACACACAGCUCAGAGAGACACACAGAGCUGCAGCACACAGCAGACAGAGAGAGCACACGGAGCAGCAGGAGCAGGGAACUCCUCUCAGACACCGAGCACACCAGUGUGUCAUUGAGAACUGUGACAACAGAGGCAGCGGCCAGGAGUGUCUCUCAAACCUCCAGUAACCAGCGGAAACAGCAGCAGAUCCAGUCUUUCACCCAGUCUCCCCUACAAACUGAGCCCCAGCCAUACUUCAAACCUCACCAGCAAUUCACCCAGUCUCCCCCACAAACUGAGCCCCAGCCAUACUCCAAACCUCGCCAGCACUUCACCCAGGAACCUCCAGCCCAAUCCCAGCCCAAGCCCCAGGAAAGGGAGAGGAGCUUCACCCAGGAACCUCCAGCCCAAUCCCAGCCCAAGCCCCAGGAAAGGGAGAGGAGCUUCACCCAGCCACUACCCAAGCCUUACUCUCAGCUAAUCCCUCACACUCAACCCAGACCCCAGUCCUUAUCCCAGCCUCCUCCUCACCAGACCGCCCCCCAGACUCUGCCCAAGCCCACGUCCUUCCCUCAGCCGCUGGUCAAGUCUCAGUCCCUGCCUCUGGACCACAGUGGCCACAUCACAGGACACAGUGUCUCCGACCUCCUCUCCCCCAGCGAAACAGAACUCUCAGAGAUGUCCUCCAAACAGAUGUCCAUCAAAGAAAGGCUGGCCCUGUUGAAGAAGAGUGGUGAAGAGGACUGGAGGAACAGGAUCAAUAAGAAGCAGGAAGUGGUAAAGGUGGCUGUGACUGAGAGACACUCCACAGUACAAGGACAAGGAUGGGAGGCAGAGCAGACCUACAAGAAGAAGGAGGAAGGGAUGGUUAUUGAUGAGUUCGCUGCUGUCACUGUGUCUGACCAGCUGUGGGAGCCUGUCUUUUCCUCCACAUAUUUUCCUCCAAUCUCCCUUGGCCAUAAGUGCCAAGUUAUUGACCUUCAUAGUCAGAGGAUGGGAGAGGAGAUGGAGAACCAGGCUCAGAUGUCCAUAGAGGAGAGGAAGCAGAUGAUCUCAACACGGGAGGAGUCCUGGGUGUCUAAAGGCAAGGGGGUGGCCAACGACUCCACCCAGUACACUGUGGCUGCACGCAUGGUCAAGAAAGGUCUGGCAGCCUCCUCAGCCAUCAGCCCCAUCCUGUCUCCUGUCUCCACCAAACUCAAGAGCAACGUGCCUGUCAUCAAACCGCAGGAGGAAAUUGAAGCCAGACCAGAGAUGAACUUGGAGUCGGAUAAAAAGCUGGAUAAAUUGGAGACAUUUUUGGGACGUCUGAACAGUAAAGUGGCAGGUCUUCAGAAGACCACUCUGACCGUGACCGAGAAGGCUGUGAAGGAGGUGAUGAGGAUGGACGAUGAGAUCUUCUCCAAGUUCUACCGUCCCGUGUCUGACUUCCCACGCAUGCCCAGCAGGAUCGAGAUCGACGAAGACUUUGAUGCCAUCUUCGGCACUCAGGCGCCCAAGUUGACCUCAGCCAUAGCGCAGCACAAACGAGCAGUGAGGCCGUCUAGGAACGUCCAGUCGUCUAAGAACCCUCUGAAGAUGCUGGCGGCCAGGGAGGACAUCAGACACGAGUACACUGAGCAGAGACUCAACAUCGGCCUCAUAGAGAGCAAGAGGAUCAAGGAUGAGAAGAUGAAUAAGACUUCGGAGUACUCGGACGCGGCCCUAGCUGGACUGGCCAGUAAGGAGAACUUCAGCAAUGUGAGUCUGAGGAGCGUCAACAUCUCAGAGCAGAUGUCCAACAACAGCGCUGUGCCGUACAAGAACGUCAUGCUGAUGCAGGUCAAAGGCCGCCGUCACGUCCAGACCAGACUAGUGGAGCCCAGAGCCUCGACCCUGAACAGUGGCGACUGCUUCCUGCUGGUUACUCCUCAACACUGCUUUGUUUGGAUGGGAGAGUUUGCUAAUGUCAUCGAGAAAGCCAAAGCUUCUGAGCUGGCAUUGUUCAUCCAGACUAAGAAGGAUCUGGGCUGCAGAGCGAGCCAGAUCCAGACCAUCGAGGAGGGGGUCAACCCCCAGAGCCCUGCGGCCACAGAGUUCUGGAAGAUCCUGAGAGGAGAGCAAACCUACCAGUCUGCCGGGCCACCGGAGGAGGAUGAGCUGUUUGAGAGUGCCAUAGUGGAGACAAACUGCAUCUUCCGUCUGCUGGACGACAAGCUGGUUCCUGAUGACGACCAGUGGGGGAAGGUUCCUCACAGCACACUGCUGGAGUCCAAAGAGGUGUUGGUGUUUGACUUUGGCAGUGAGGUGUAUGUGUGGCACGGUAAGGAGGUGACUCUGGCCCAGAGGAAAGUAGCCUUCCAGCUGGCUAAACACCUGUGGAAUGGAACCUUUGACUACACCUGCUGUGACAUCAACCCUCUAGACCCUGGAGGAUGCAAUACACUCAUACCCAGGAAGGGCCAGGGGCGUCCUGACUGGGCCAUAUUCGGCAGGCUGACCGAGCACAAUGAGACUACCCUGUUCAAAGAGAAGUUCCUGGACUGGGCAGACACUAAGAAACCACAACCAAAGAACACCAAUGAGCAAGUCAGUGAGCAGAAGGAGACGCCGGGGCGGGAGUGCAGGCCGUACGAUGCAGCAUUGAUGCUGCCUGUACUCCAGACAGCAGUCAACACUGUGCUGGAUGGGAUGAACGUGGGCCGAGGCCACGGCUCUAUAGAAGGAGAGGACAGGAUGAGGACUCUAGAGAUCAGCACGGUGUCGGUGGAUGUCUGGCACAUCCUGGAGUUUGACUACAGCCGGCUACCCAAGCAGAGUAUAGGCCAGUUCCAUGAGGGGGACGCGUACGUUGUGAAGUGGAAGUACAUGGUGAGCGCAGCAGUUGGGAGGAGGCAGAACCCGGAGCUGAGGAGCGCGGGCCCUGGCAAAGAAAAGUGCUGCUACUUCUUCUGGCAGGGACGGAACUCCACCGUGAGAAAAGGAACGUCGGCACUGAUGACAGUGGAGCUGGAUGAGGAGAGAGGGGCACAGGUCCAGGUACAGCAGGGGAAGGAGCUCCCUUGUUUCCUCCAGUGUUUCAACGGGGGGAUGAUCAUACACUGUGGGAAGAGAGAGGAGGAAGAGGAGAACACACAGACUGAGUGGCGUCUGUACUGCGUGCGAGGGGAUGUCCCUGUAGAGGGCCACCUCCUGGAGGUAGUGUGUCACUGCAGCAGCCUGCGCUCCAGGAGCUCCAUGAUCCUCCUGAAUGUCAACAAGGCCCUCAUUUACCUGUGGCACGGCUGCAAGGCCCAGCAACGCACUCGCCUGGUGGGCCUCACCACGGCACAGAGGGUCAAAGAACAAUGUCCGUUGGAGGCGGGGCUCCAUAGCAGCAGUAAGGUGACCAUCACCGAGUGUGACGAGGGAUCAGAGCCCACUGGAUUCUGGGAUGCGGUCGGUAGGAAAGACAGGAAGGCCUACGACUGUAUGUUGCAAGAUCCGGGUAAAUUUAACUUCACCCCUCGGCUGUUCCAGCUGAGCAGUUCUUCAGGGGAGUUUGUAGCCACAGAGUUCUACCAUCCCUCCAGAGUUCCAGACUUGGUCAGCUCUCUGCCCUUCCUUCAGGAGGACCUGUACCAAGCCUCCCAGCCUGCGUUGUUCCUGGUGGAUAACUUCCAUGAGGUGUACCUGUGGCAGGGCUGGUGGCCCCAGGACAGCGAGAGCCCCGGCUCCGCCAGGAUACGAUGGGACAUGGACAGGAAGUGCGCCAUGGAAACGGUGCUGCGGUACUGCAGAGAGAAGAAUGAGAAGAAGCCUCAGAAGUCGUACCUGAUCCAUGCUGGUCUGGAGCCUCUCACAUUUACCAACAUGUUUCCCAGCUGGGAGCACAGAGAGGACAUCGCAGAGAUCACUGAGAGGGAGGCGGAGGUGUGUAACCAGAUCAUCCUGGUGGAAGAUGUGCUGGCCAGGCUGUGCCAGAACACCUAUCCCCUGGCUGAGCUGCUGGCACGUCCCCUACCUGGGGGCGUCGACCCCCUCCGCCUGGAGAUCUACCUAUCAGACCAGGACUUUGAAAAAGCAUUGGACAUGAAGAGAGAGGAGUACGAAGGAUUACCAGGGUGGAAGCAAGUGAACUUAAAGAAAGCCAAAGGACUGUUUUAGUGUAAAGCUAAGCUGAUGAGGAGUGUGGAGAGAAAUUAAAUUCAGCAAGUCUUGGACGACAGUGGAAGUUGAUAAAAAUGCUGCUUUAUUGUUAUAACCAACGUGUUUUUGGCUCCUAGCCUUCAUCAGGUUGGUUGUGGAGAGAGAGAGGACACAGAGACUGUUGACAUGGAGGCCACCAAGCUGUCCCCCUCAGCACUUCCUUCCCAGCGGUGGGACUGAACCCCAGUAGUGGCUGGUGGUACUUUAAAAUCAGUGGCUCAUAAUUUCAAUUGAAUGGAAUCAUUGGAAAGGUUUCCAAGUGUUUGUUACAAUUCCAGUCAUUAUUAUGAGAUAUCCACCCCUCACCCGUUUCCUCUGCUGAACACACUCUCAGGGACAGCUUCUUUGAGUGGGUCACAGGGGAGGUGGGGGUGCUGGGGUAGAGGAUCUGCGGAGGUGUGCUAGCGUCAUGUAGCAUAUUAUUUUUACCUUUCAGUUAUGUAACUAUGUAGGAAAAUGAAAAUUCUGCUAAGCACAUUGUAUGCGAGUGGCUUUAUAUCAGGUACUGUACAACGCAGGACCUACACUCACGCUCUCUUUCUGCUUCAAACUGUACUACAAGUCUCCACUUCUUAUGACACCGCUCAUGCCAUAUGAAGAGGAAAUUCAGCAACUCUUCGAGGACAGUGGAAGUUGAUAAAAAGGCUGGUUUAUUGUUGAAAUAAACCAAGAGGUUUAAAUUGGUUGGUAGCCUUCAUCAGGGUUUAACAGAUAAAAGAACAAUGGAGGGCAGAGUUUCAUACCAUGGACAUACACACUGAUGUGGUCUCUGGGUGUGAUGUUUUAACUGUUGUGUGUGUUUGUGAAGUAUUUAGAAGAAUUUGUAUUUAUGUAAAACAAAAAAAAUCUGGUAGAAGGACAAUGUAUUCAACUUGAAAGUACUGUGUAAUAUCUGUCAGUAGGAGUGUGUUUUUGUUUCUUGUCAAAAGGUGUAAACAUGCCAAGUAUGUACCUUUUUUUUGUUUUGCGUUCUCAAAUAUGGUACCUGCCUGGGGCUGUCAUAAUGACAUCUAACCUUUACAGGUACCUGAGAAAUGACAAACAGUUGUAUUUUUAAAGGCAUGGAAUUCUUUGUGAAAAACACUUGAAUGUUGAAUGUAUAGUGCCUUGCUUUUGUGUACAGUUUAUAUACAGAAAUUCUAGUCUGCAUUUCGAAGACUUUCUUUGUGAUAAAAUAAAUAGUGAAUAAACAACAAAUCCCCAAAUCCAA